AUAACUGGACCAAUCACUGUCUAACACAGAAAUGUGGUGUGAAAAAUCUUCUUUGUCAGUGACCAGAGUUACAAAACAGAAAAUCAGAUGGCCUCACAGAACUGUAUAAGCUUUGAAUAACUUGGGUUACAAUACCAGAAAAUUGGGUUGCAAAUAAACGAGAGAACAAAAGUUAAACAGAAAACUCAGUAGCACGUAUUGCAGAACCUAAACAUGAGUGCCCACAGUGCUCGAAAGAUUGCCCUUCUGAUACUUACAGCCAUAAUUUACAGCAUUACUGUAUUGUUAAAUGCUGGCAAUGGUGCUGAGAUACUGAAAGGAUUAUUUCAUGGCACCGUUGGAAAUGUGUCAGACAGAUUUAUAACCAAAAUGACUCCUGUGAAUUCAACUUUUGCUAUCUGGGGUCUAAUCUUCUUCUGGCAAGCCAUUUGGAUUAUCUAUGCACUUUCUGGAAUCUGUAGAAGGACUGAACUCGGUUGGAUGUAUAUCAAGCCUGAUCUCCUGCCAGACUCUUUUUACAUGGUGUGGAUCUUGAAUAAUCUAAUAAUCAUUGGGUGGCUCUUUCUAUGGGACCGAGAGUACCUUGUUGCUGCACUGGUGUUUCUUGUUGGCAUAGCUGUCACAAAUUAUGUUACCCUCUUCAUUUCCCACCGAGCUCUCCAUUCUCACAGUACAUGGUUACAGAGCUUUCACAAAACAGAUAUAUGGCUCAUCAGAAUUCUUGUUCAGAAUGGAAUAGCACUUUAUGCUACAUGGACAACUAUAGCCAGUUUGCUCAAUUUUGUGAUUGUUUUGAUAUAUUGUGGAAAUGUCUCCCACGACACUGCUUGCAUCGCAGUUUUGUCCAUCCUUCUUUUUCUUAUCAUUUUAUGGUUCUAUCUAGAAAACUUUCUGCUGGAUAAAUAUGUACGUUACACUCUGACAGUAUAUCCAGUUAUAAUAACAGCACUGACUGGGAUCCUGUACCGAAACUAUAGCCUUACGUCUAAAACCCAGAUUUAUAUUUAUUCAGCUGUACUGCUGGCUUUGGUCUGUACUAUUCUUGUGAUCCGUCUAGUGAUUGUCAUAUGGAGGCACAUUAAAAGACCACUCUACAAAGCAGUUCGGCUGCCAAAUUCUGAAGCAAUCCUUGAGAACAAGUGAUGAUGAAGCAGAAAGAAAUAUAUAUUUGGUUGCCACAGUCCUUGAUAAUUAAAAAAGAGUUAUUCUGUUGCUUAAUUUUGAAAUAUUUUCUAAGGGAAUAAUAUAGAUAUGUUACAUUAUUUUAGUAGAGCAAUAUAGUGGUAAACAUCUUGCAAAUGCAUUUUUUUCCUAGAAGUUGUGUUGAUUCCAUUCCAUCUUUGUGCAGAAAGGUAUUAUUUUUAUAUUUUUUUUCUGUUUCGCAUUUCACUUCUUCUAAAAAGCACUUUGAAAGAUAAUGGAAGAAAGGUAAACUAAUCUUUCACUACUAAUUGACUAACUGACUUCCACUUUAAGAUAACUGACUCACUCUAAGCCUGAGUGUUACCUAAAGAAGAAAAAAAGUGUGUUUUUUACUCAAACAGUUUUGGCUUUCUCAUAUAUUUUGCUGCCAGUCUAUUUUCAAUUGAACCAAAACCACCCUGCAGAUCAUUUUUAUUAAUUGAUGAAAAAGGACAAAGAAAGAAAUCUUUUCUGAGAUAUUCUUAAAGGAAAUCUCUCAAACGAUGUGUCAAGGUACAUAUGCAAAACAAGUAGCAGGCCUGCAUUCUGGGUAUUUGCCUUGUGUAAUAACUAAAUGUGCAUUUAAUUUAUGGACUUGGCAUUCAUGUUUGCAGCACUUUAUUUUACACUCUAAGAUGGUUUAUUCUUGGAAUCAGUGAAAACAUUUUAAGUGGGCAUACAUUUAUAAAUAUCCUUAGGAGACAUUCAGCAUGAAGUCAAAUAUCCCUACAAAUUACAACAUCUGUAAAACAUUCCUACAGCAGACUCAGAAGUGAGAGAUUUAUGCACACAGAUAAAUACAAGCCUGAACUUUGACCGCCAUUUGUCCACAGUGGUGACAAAAUCCUUUGUGGCACAACUUAUAAGUAAAAGUAUAACAUUCACAUCCAAGGAAAUUAUAGUCCCACUGUACUCAGACCUCAUUAGACCAAUAAUCGAGUACAGUGUGACAUUUGGCAUAUACUUGACUAGGCACUUGCAGCAGCUGGGGUGACCUCAGAGCUUCCUCACAAAGUUAAUACAGGGUGUAGACAACAUGAACUACGCAGAUAGACUAAAAUCCCUAUCCCUUUACUCUGAAUCAUACCAACUAUUAAGGGGUGACCUAUGGCUGACCUACAAGGCACUUACAAAUCCAGCCCUGAUGGAGCUGCUACACAUUCACAA